AUGAUUAUGAUUGUGAUUGUGAUUGUGAUUAUGGUUAUGGUUAUGGUUAUGGUUAUGAUUUUGGUGGUGGAUAAUAAUACUAGUAUUAUUGAUAUUAUUAAUAUUGCUGCUGCUGCUGCUGCUGCUGUUGUUGUUGUUGUUGUUGUUGUUGUUGCUGUUAAUGUUGUUGUUAUUGUUGCUGCUGUUGUGGCGAGUUAUUUGGUUAUUUGGGUAACUGCAAGAGUGGUAACUGCUGUCAUGGCUAGAAUCCAAUGUUCUGCUGGGAGAAAUGAUCUCCUUUUUUGUUGGUGUGGACUUGUAGAAAGAAUCUUGAGAGCAAGCGAGCAUGAUCAGGAUCGAAUGGGACGGAUUGAAGUGAGUCUUGAAAGUGAAAGAAACGAAAGUUAG